AUGUCGAAAGUAUUCACCGCAGCAGAUGUCGCCAAGCACGACCAGAAGGCGAAAGAACUCUACAUUAUUGUCGAUGGCACCGUGUAUGAUGUGACAAACUUCGUGGAUGAACAUCCCGGUGGCGCGAAGAUUUUGAAGAGAGUCGCGGGCAAAGACGCCAGUAAACAAUUUUGGAAGUAUCAUAACGAAUCAGUCCUCAAAAAAUACGCAGCGAAACUCAAGAUCGGCGAAGUCGGCGACAAAGCCAAGUUGUAG